CCGCUCGCGCGCGCGGCCGGCCGCCGCCGGCCGGCCCGCCGAUAACAUUAUUCUUGUCACCGGCCAGGCGGCCGCGCCACGGACAGCUGCCGCAGAUACAAAAACUAAACGGUUUAUAUGUUUUGGCGCCACAUCGGGCGGCCGCCUCUUUCCCCUCAACGUUGAUGUCUCCGUCCUCGUCCCACUCCUUCCUUCACCUCCAUCUCUUCGGCAGCAGCAGCAGCUGCACACGCCGCCGUCGCCGCCGAGCAGCCGCCGCCAUGGGCUGCGCGCACGCCAAGCCUUCCCAGGGCUCCCCCGCCCGCAGCGACGGCCGCGGCAUCGACCACCUCAAGCGCAACAACGGGUACGUCCCCUCCGCCGCCCGCCGCCUCACCGACCCCCUCCCCACCACCAUCGCCGUGAAGGAGCAGCAAACCACCGAAGCAAACGCCGACCCCCGUCUUCCAACGGAGACCGAAGCCGCCUCGGAGACAUCGACUCUGACAACGGCGGCCACGCUCUCGCCGUCGCCGCCUCCGUCGGCUCGGCGUGAGGCCGACGACCGCGAGCAGCUGGUGGACGGAUGGCCGACGUGGCUGCUGGACAACGUGCCCCGCGAGGCGCUGCAGGGGAUCGUGCCGCGCAGCGCCGACGCGUUCGACAAGAUCGAGAAGGUCGGGCAGGGCACGUACAGCAACGUGUACAAGGCCCGCGAGCGCGGCGGAGGCCGCGUGGUGGCGCUGAAGAAGGUCCGGUUCGACACGGCGGAGCCGGAGAGCGUCCGGUUCAUGGCCCGCGAGAUGCGCAUCCUCCGAAGGCUCGACCACCCCAACAUCAUCCGCCUCGACGGCAUCGCCACCUCCCGCAUGCACCGCAGCAUCUACCUCGUCUUCGAGUUCAUGUACUCCGACCUCUCCCGCCUCAUCUCCCGCUCCGACGUCCCCCUCACCCUCCCACAGGUCAAGUGCUACAUGCAGCAGCUACUGGCGGGGCUGCAGCACUGCCACGAGCGCGGGAUCCUGCACCGCGACAUCAAGGGCUCGAACCUUCUCAUCGACCGGCGUGGCGUGCUCAAAAUCGGCGAUCUGGGCCUGGCAAACUACUACGGGCCGGGGCGGCGCCGCCCACUUACCAGCCGCGUGGUGACGCUCUGGUACCGUGCCCCGGAGCUGCUCCUCGGCGCCACAGACUACGGCGUUGGCAUCGACCUCUGGAGCGCCGGCUGCCUCCUGGCCGAGAUGUUCUCCGGCAAGCCGCUGAUGCCCGGAAGGACCGAGGUGGAGCAGCUCUUUAAGAUCUUCAGCCUCUGCGGCUCCCCGCCCGACGACUACUGGCGGAAGACGAAGCUCCCGGCCAGCUUCCGCCCGCCCAAGCCGUACAAGUCGAGCAUGACAGAGAGGUUCGCCGGCUUCCCGCCGUCGGCGCUGCCCCUCCUGCACACGCUCCUCGCGCUCGACCCCGCCGCCCGCGGAACCGCCGCACAGGCGCUCCAGAGCGACUUCUUCACUACGGCGCCAUUGCCGUGCGACGUCUCUGAGCUCCCUGUGGUGUACAAGGAGGAGACUCCUGAUCCGACGACUUCUCACGACGGAAGGAAGCCCAAGCUGAGACAGCGUUCAAGCAAGCGAAGGGAAAGCAAGCAGAGAGCUGAGCAGGAGCAGCGUGGGGACGAACUCAAGAUCUCCAAUGCCAAAUAUCCCAACAAAGAGAACGAGAUAGCCAUGGAGGGCACAGCAAAAUCAGGCCAAGAAUUAGACGGCAUCGUCGCCUCAAUCGCCUCCUCUAGCGUCCAAGAAUCAGCCGAAAACACCAUCGUCAACGCCUUCGCCAGCACGACCCCAAGACGGUUUUCAGGUAGCCCAAUUCAGGGGUUGCUACCUAAUGCUUCACCAGAUCAGCCGCAGCUGCGGAGGGCAAACACGUACCACUCGACCGGCGACGACCACAAGGGCGGCGUCGCCCUCACGCACCACAGUAUGGCGAUCAGAUCGGCGACGUGAUCAAUGCCGAUUCGGCGGCGCGGACAAGCACCAACAGGCAUUUCGUUGUUAUGGAUCUUUGUGGGUUUUAGCAGAUGACUGUAGCAGAAACUGUUCAUGAUACUACUGUUGCUGCUGAUUUGCUGUAACUGAACUCGCUGCUGUUUCAGUUGAGAAACCCCUGAUUUGUAGAACUGCGAUGCAGUUC